AUGCAUCAGCAAUUUACUUCGAGAAGCGGUAUCGGUGGUUUCAAUUCGCCGGUCGAGGGGGAGGAAGAUUCGAAGAGAAAGAAAAAAAUUCGAGGAGGGGCUUGGAUUGCUAAUGAUUAUCUUGUUGGGAAACCUGCAGACUACACCCUCGCCAAUCCUGAUACCCUCACCAAGUACAAGACUGCCGCUGAAAUCUCGAACAAAGUCUUGAACCAUGUUGUCAGCCUUGUCAAGGAAGGUGCUACCGUUCUGAGCCUCUGCGAGGAGGGUGACAAGUUGUUGGAGGAGGAGACAUCGAAGGUCUUCAAGGGAAAGGAUAUCAAGAAAGGCAUUUCCUUCCCCACGACUGUCUCUCCUGAUGAGAUCAUCACACCUCUCACCCCCAAUCCAUACGACACUGCCACUCCUGAAUGGGCCGUCAAACCCGGUCAGGUCCUAAAGAUUCAACUUGGUGCACAUAUCGAUGGAUUUGCUGCCAUUGUUGGAUCCACAGUCGUCGUUCCAGCCUCCGAAGGUGCCGAUGCUGAGAUCACCGGCGAAGUUGCCGACCUUCUCCUCGCCACACACUACAUCAACCAAGCCUUCCUGAGAUUGAUCCUUCCACCAAGCCUACACCCUGGUGCCGAGGAGGGCAAGGAGGUUAAGCCGCCAACCCAUACCAAGAUCAACUCUAUUCUUAACAGCAUCGCGAAGACGUACGGAUGCAGUCUGGUUGAGAACACCACUAGUUAUCAAUUCGAGAGGAAUGAAAUUGAAGGCAAGAAGAAGAUCAUCUUGGCUCCAACUGAGGGGACGAAGGGUGAAGGCAACCCUGAGAUCGGUGAUGUCUGGGGUGUUGAGGUUGCUGUUGCUCUCGGUGAUAGCGGAAAGUUGAAAGUCUCUGAUAACAAGCCAACAUUGUUCCGAAAUACUGGAACUACCUUCGCACUGAAGCGACCUACCUCUCGUCAAACCUUCACUGAGAUUAAGGGCAAGUUUGGAAACUUCCCAUUCUCUUCGAGAUACCUUACCGACCAGAAGGCUGCGGCAUUCGGUUUGGUUGAGUGUGUCAGAGGUAACCUCCUAAGACAGUAUGAGGUCCUUAUUGAGAAGGAGGGCAAGAUCACCUCGAAGGAUUUCAGCGUCGUUGCCGUUACCAAGAAGGGUCUCUCUGUCAUCUCGGCUCCACCAGCUAUUGAUCUAGAGAAGGUCAAGUCGGAUAAGAAGAUUACAGAUGAGGAGAUCCUCAAGCUUCUCGAGAUCCCAAUUGGAGCACCAAAGAAGGCCAACAAGAAGAAGAAGAAGGCUGGUGCAUCUACUGAUGAGUAG